AUGAAUGCCUCCACCAGUGGCAUUCUUCUAGAACAGCUGUGCAGUGAGGACUCGAGCAAAGGCCAUCAGAGGGGUGGACCAGGGGUCGACAGAGUCCACGUGUGAAAGGGAAUGGAACUCCACCAAUGCUUAACAUUUCACAGUAGGAACAAGGCUGUCACACCAAACCAGCAGGUGAAAGUAACAGAACCAAAGACAGACUGAGAGAACUACUCUACACCUCAUGAAGAGAUCAGAGCUACAGUACAUGAGAUCUCUACACUCCUUUCUUAUGAUGAGGGGGGCUACUACAUCACUACCUCACCCCUAGUCAGCCCUCUCCCUCAGCAGUCAGCACCUGCACCACCUUCCUUUCAGAAGUAAUGCGAAUUGAGGCUCCUGUUCAUCACCCAGAGUCAUUAUUUCUGAUUUCCUGUAUUCCUCCCUCAUUCACGGCAGUCUUGUCAGUGUUUUUACAGUAGCUGAGACUGCCGUGCCCCAUAAGACCGUGUGCUCCCUUUUAAUGCGUUGAGGACCAGGAAAUGCCAUGAAAGGCCAUGCAUUGUACAGAUGAAAACACUAUUGUAUUAAGCCUAAUGGCUUCAGACCCAGAAUUCCCCCAGAAAUCUACAGUACCUCCUCUGUUCCCUAUACUCACUCAAUUUACAUAAAUCUAUAGGCUAGUAUGGUAUGCUUACCGUUGCAUGCGUCUCCCAAAGACCUUUCUGUGCUGCUAACGUCAUUAUCAUUGGUUAUUUAUACUCACUCCUAGCCUAAGCACUAAUUAUUGAUUCAACAUUUCCUCUUAACCUGAAUAAUGUAUAUUCACGUCAAUAUUAUUUGCAUCAAUUAAAGCAUUUAUUGGAAAGGAAUACGGCACACGCACUUGUAAAUGGAUCUUGGAUGACAUUGUGCCUGUUCCACUCUCCACUCUGUGUGUGUAAAAUAGUUUCUGUUAAGAUGUUAGUUUUAGGCACUCAGAGGAUCAAUAUGCCUUCUUCAGAAAAGCAGAAAAUUAUACUAGACCUUUCAUUACAUUAUACUACAAUGAGAAUGUACGUAUCCUAAGUUCAAGUGUAAAUAACGAGUUAAACAUCUGGCUGAUUAGUGAAGAGUUGUAACCAUAUUUAGACUUCACAAGCCAGCAUGUUGUGUUUUUAUUCUACCUACUUCCUGUUGGGCAUGACUAUGUAGCCUACCAGACAAAGCCAUGAUAUCAGAGAAACAAAAGAGCACCUUAGCAGAUAGCCAUUGUAGCCUACACUCUUAGAAAAAAGGGUUCCAAAAGGGUUCUGCAGCUGUCCCCAUAGGAGAACCCUUUUUGGUUCAAGGUAGAAUCCUUUUUGGUUCCAGGAAGAACUCUUUUGGGUUCCAUGUAGAACCCUGGAAAGGGUUCUACAUGGAACCCAAAAGGGUUCUACCUGGAACCAAAAGGGUUCUACCUGGAACCAAAAGGGUUCUACCUGGAACCAAAAAGGGUUCUCCUAUGAGGACAGCUGCAGAACCCUUUUGGUUUCUACGAGUGUAGAUGCCUUCAUGCAUGUGAGUAUGAGCAGUUGGUGAUUGUUGGUUCAGGUGCUACACGGUUUUCACAUUCCAGGCUCAUCCAGCAUCCUGUUCAUGACAUCAAAGCCCUCACCACUACCACCUGGAGAGAGAGCUGGAGCUGAGCAGGGCUAUAGCAGCCAGAGAAUAGCUGUUAGGAACCUAAAGGGAGAUAGGCUGCUCUGCUGCUCAAUAUCGGAUUCAGUGAAGCAGCGAGAGCCUCUCGUGCUCUUUUACAUUACGGUGUAUGGCAUUUGUUGGUGUAGGUUGCUGUUGAUGUUUGCUGAAGUGGCACACAGUGCGGUGUGGGCCUUUGCCCCCCUGAUGUGGAUUAGGCUGUGGGCUGUGCAGUAUUGAGUUAGUGUGAGAGCUGGGUGGGUGAGCGUGUGGCCUAGCUGCAGGAGCUCACUGCAGAUGAUAUGAUGUGGGAGAGCAGGAAAACAGGAGGAGGGAAGGCGGGUAAUGUGUUUGGAAUUAGCACUCUCACUGCAGUGGAAAGCCAGGCUUAAGAGACAACAGCUCAGCUAUGUUAUUAGCAUAUUAAUUUCUAGUUUCUCAGCAGUUUUUGUUAUAGCCCAUCUGUAGGAUUAUUAGAGGAGACACAAACACACAGGCUAUUGAAUUACCCCGGGGAAUAUGAGGUAAGUCUGAGUCUGUGUGUUUAUUUACAAGGUGUAGCCAUGUGAGAGAGAAUGUGAAAGUGAAACAUAGACCAUUGUAAAUAGGCCUACAUGUUGACUUUGAAAUGUCCCAAUUGUUGCCUUUUAUUAAAUAGAGGCAAAUAUGAAUCCGAUCAGCUCCAGAAAAGUGUCCCACUAACGGAUAUCAACAGAACUUAUGGAGCCAGUGGAGGAUUUCCCAUUAUUGUUUCUCAUUGUGUCAACCUAGGCUACCUGACACAUCUAUGAGCUCUCAACCAAACGAAUCCAAAUGCAGCUCUCCCACCACAACCAUUCCCAUGAGGCAUUUAACACUCACUGAACAAUUAUCCUUUUAUCCUGCUGCAGUAUUCACACCUCCUCUGGUUGCGUUCGAAAUGGAACGCUACACCGACACAAAGCAUUCUCCUUAAUUUAAGUGCUCCGCUAAUGAAUCAGCCCAUUACUCUAGAGCUGUAGAAAAUUAAAACUGCUGAUUGUCAAUUGCACAAAGAGUACAAAUGUAGAUCCCAUUUCUAUGGCUCACUAUUUUGUUGGGAUCAUUUCUAGUCUUCACAUAGGCUACUGUCGUUAAAUGUUGUCAUGUGAAAUAGCCUCUGCAAUAGCCAAACCUGGGAUUCUAGACUUAAACCAGACACUUCAACUAGGCUACCUGCAGCUCUCUGUAAACCUUAGACAAUUCUGAUGUCUGGCCGUCUCCAAUUCUGGCCAAGGUACCACUAUCAUCCUCCCACACCUGAGAAAGACAUUACCCUCUUUUAAGCGCAGAUAAGAGACCAGUGUGUGGGCUCUGCUCUCUUGUCAGAAAGCAAUUGUUACCACUUUGCCCGCUUCCUGGCCUGGCAUCAAACUCCAGGAUGUCUGGGGCGACAAGAGACUUUUAGCAGCCAGCAGAAAUAGUUGAGGACAAGGCUGGGUUAUCGGGAUAUUGUGGCUCAAAUAGAGCCUUAAGUUGAUAGAUAACAUGAGCUAUCUGGGACAGGCCAGAGUACAGACUAAAGCACUUUUUGAGUUGUGCACCUAGGAAUAAAGGCUAUUACUGUACCAACCUUCAAGGGGAAGGAAUUGGGCUAAUGGUAGUAGUUCCACAGAUCUUUUUAAGUGUACCUACCUACUCUGUUCAUACUGAUUGUUCAAAGGUAUCUAUUGAAGAUGCUGUGGGUGUCAAGGAGAAAGAUUGAAAAAGCGUAUUUGUCAAACUGAUGACAUGAUUUAUUCUUCAGAGACUAGAUACAUGGCUGUGUUUUGUGAGGGGUGAACAGGGAGCCUGUGUUGUUUGUCACAGCUGCAUGUAUGCUCUUCACAUCUCAAAAUAAUUCAGACCCUCUCAUUUGCCAUGAAUGGAAGACACGUAAAUGAGGGGCCUGGGUAAGAAAGCCAAUUUGAACUCAUGCAUCCCUAAAGGACUUGGAACCUUUGUUAAUGAAGAACACAGAACUGUGUUUUAGCUCUUUUGUUGGCUGAAUAAACAGUUCGUCUGUGUCUCAUUAAUGUGGAAUAGACUUCCAUUGAUAUAAUGGAAGUCUGUGUGUGUAUGUGUGUGUGUGUCCAUAGCAAAGGCUGACAAAAGCAGUGUCUGCUUCCCAUUCAUUGAAUAAGCAUCAUGACUCAGUUAGCGCAGGAAAUGCCGAGUUUGCAGUAGCCUAUGCUGUGUUUUACUUUAGCCAAAUGUUGUUAUUCGAAUGAUCUCGUCUGGGAGCCACAGUCGAUCAGGACUGGUAGGCAAAGAGGUCAGGCCAAAUUCCAUUACGCAAUAGCUUGACUUUAACCCUGAUCCAAACCCUAACUUUGAUAUCUGGCAACUUUCCAAAAGGGUUUGUCAUUCCCUUAUAAAAUGAUGUGGCGGUCCAUGUGGGCGUUCCCUGGUAAUCAUUUAUAUCAAUCUCAGGGGAGCGUCACAAAUGAGUUCAGUAGCUCUAAUCUGUUUACGAAAUUAGUUCCAUUGACAUGAAUUAUUGAAGGAUUUCCUCAUUUGAAUAUGUAGGACAUAGACAGCUAAUCUCUCAUUAAUUCACUCUUUUGACUGACAGCGAUAUCACUGCUUUAAUGAUUUGCCAGCAAAAUAUUAUUUAGUGUAACUCAAGUUCAGGUGGCUGUCUAAUUCAAGUCCCUGCUACUCAGAAGUGAGCUACUCUACUUGUGUGAAAAAUAUUUAGCAAUGGGUUUGAGGUCAGGCUAAGAAUCAUUGCCGGGUCAAGUGAGCAGAGCUGAGUACAGGAUGCUAUCAGGCUGACAUCUGAAUUGUUGUGAAUGGACUUUGGAUUCUACUGUUCCAUUACAAAGAGGAUGGGAUGUCAGUGUGAAGAGAUUCCCUACGUUGGCAAGCUCAGAGACAUUUUCUGGCCAUUCAGCUUUUCCCCUAAGCCUCUUUUAGCUGGUAGGUUUCAAGCCUACGGCUAGUUAGCAAUAGUGCAGUGGGUCACAGCUAGCUUUCUUGUCCUUUAUUCAUCAUCCUACACAACCAUCCUUCAUUAUGUAACAUUAGCCUAUUGAACACUAGCCUACUACAAGGUCUACUUGAUCAGUGACCACCUCAUAAUGUGUAGGCUGUAGGCUACUGAUUUCCUGCUAAAUUAAAAGUUUUGGCCUAUCAAUCAACUUUGUACAUUAUUAUUCUCAUAAAUGACUCAUAGUGUGUCUGUGGAUUACCUCCUGAUCAUAGAAGCACUUAUGAAGCACUUAUGACAAAAGAGUGUUUCAAACAUUUUUCUGUUCCAUUACUCUGCAAGAAUCCAUCCCCUAUGUGCUUUUGUCGUAGGGAACAAUGUUCUCCUCUCUGUCAAUCAUACUGCCUCUGUGCCAUAACAAUAGCAUCAUCAAAACUACCUCACUAUCUGUCCCCACAGAAAAACAUAUUGAGUGUGAAGGCGUGAUUCUUUGUCACCAUGAUUGUGUUCCUGUGAUAUUGCAUUGUGUCCUGUCCUCUGAGCUGAAUGGUUUUGGUCUGAGAGGAGUGAGGUACUGUAUGUUCAGGACAUUUUUUUACAAAGAAAUGCUGAAAAUACAGUGUUUCUAUGUCAAAUGGUUUUGUUAUAUUUCAGUCUUCUGUGAUGUUUAUAAAGUGUAAUAUUGGGAUACAAACUCAAAAAAUCAUACAUUUCAACUCUAUAUCUGACAUGGUACAGAUAUAUAUUUUUUUUCUCCCCAAUUACGAUCUUGUCUCAUCGCUGCAACUCCCCAACGGGCUCGGGAGAAGCAAAGGUCAAGUCAUGCGUCCUCCGAAACGUGACCCGCCGAACCGCAGUUCUUAACACCCGCCCGCUUAAUUUGGAAGCACCAAUGUGUCAGAGGAAACACUGUUCAACUGAUGACCGAAGUCAACCUGCAGGCCCCCAUAAGGAGUCGCUAGAGCGCGAUAAGCCAAGUAAAGCCCGGCCAACACUGGGCCAAUUGAGCGCCACCCUAUGGGACUCCCGGUCACGGCCGGUUGUGACACAGCCUGGUAUCGAACCCGGGUUUGUAGUGACGUCUCUAGCACUGUGAUGCAGUGCCUUAGUCUGCUGCGCCACUCGGGAGGCCCUAUGUCUUCUUUUUUUAAGCCCAUUACCAUGUGUGAAUACUUUUGUUUCUAAAUAGAUUGGUUUAAGACUACCAAGAAACACUGUGUGACCCUGAUUUAGCCCACUGCAGUAAAAGGUUCAGGGAAUUUUUCUUUAUCUAAUAGUUGGCUUUUUUGUGUGUUCUUACUCUAGGGUCGAUGUUCAAGAGAAAACUGUAAGUACCUUCAUCCACCUUCGCAUUUAAAAACCCAGCUAGAGAUUAACGGACGCAACAACCUCAUCCAGCAGAAGACGGCAGCAGCCAUGCUGGCCCAGCAGAUGCACUUCAUGAUCCCAGGCACAAGCAUGCAGCCUGUAGUAAGUUACUCAUAUUCAGUAGUAAGUACAGUUUAUUAUACACCAAAACUCAGAUCCUUCAUUUCAGGCGUGUAGUAGUGUUUUUACUGACUGUUGUCCCUUCCCUUUCACAGCCUACGUUCAAUGUAAACCAGGGGCUUGGUACGAACCCUGGUCUCAGCUACUCUCCAUAUCUUACACCCAUGACCUCCAUGAACCAUGGGAUGAGCCUGAUGCCCACAGAGAUGCUCCCCAGUACCCAAGUCAUGGUCCCUGGAAGCCCCCCUGUCACAGUCCAGAGCUCCAACUCGUCCUCCUCUUCCCCCUCACAGAAGCUGCUGCGCACCGACAAACUGGAGGUAUCAAGUCACCUUCACACAAACAAGAACAAGGCCAUAUUAUUGUCUGAUAUAUGCUGUAUAUAUACAUUCAUUAUGGAAUGCCUGUUGAGUGUGGCAAACAGGGUACAUUGCCAGGGUGCUCUACCGUUCUCAGUCUCCCUCCCUGUGUGGUUGUCGUACUGUAGGUGUGUCGUGAGUUUCAGCGGGGGAACUGUGCGCGAGGCGAGACGGACUGCCGCUUCGCCCACCCCAGCGACAACCCCAUGAUCGACACCAGCGACAACACGGUCACCGUCUGCAUGGACUACAUCAAGUCGCGCUGCUCCAGGGAGAAGUGCAAGUACUUCCACCCCCCUGCUCACUUACAGGCCAAAAUCAAAGCCUCUCAACACCAGGUCAACCAAUCGACUGUGGCAGCUCAGGCAGCAGCUGCAGCCAUGGUAAGAUGCUUCCCUCCAGACGCGUGGACAGAAGCUUAGAGCACACACUAUUGGCUAGUAUAGCUUCUGUAUUGUAGGAUUCCUUCUUAAUUAAGGGCAACUUGUCCUAUUUAUUUUUAAUACAAUGUAUUCUACAUUCACAGCAGUAGGCUUACUGUCUUAAUCCUAUUCAAUUACCCACUGUUGGUUGAUUAACCAACAUCAUAGAAUGUGGAGCACCGCUUUAUUUUUUAUAUAUGAAGUAGCUUCAUUAAACAUUAAAGACUGUUACAUCUAAUAUACGCUCUUAAGACUGUCAGCUGCUCAGUAUGCAGUAGUCCUCAAGUUGCCUUUAAACUGUCACAUAGCAUAACCAUUCAUUUGCGUACAGUGCGUUCCCGAAAUUAUUGACACCCCUAAUAAAGAUGAGCAAAAAAGCUAUAUUAUAUGCUAAAAAUAUUGGGAAAUUAUAUUAUUUUAUACUAAUACAAUUGCUCAGAGAAAGAGAUUUUGUUUAACAAGUAAGAAUUUGUCUUCUCAAAAAGGUAGGGGUUAAAAAUAUUGACACCCCUGUUUUCAAUAUCUUUCAAUACCUUACCUUGCGAGGAUAACGGCAUUGGGAGGGAUCUUAGACCCUUCCUUCUUACAGAAUCCUUCCAGAUCCAUGAUAUCCUUCGUCUGCGCUUAUGGACUGCACCACAGGUUUUCAAUGGGGUUCAAGUCCGGAGACUGAGAAAAUUGUGAUUUUGUGGCCAAUUAACCAUUUCUAUGUGGAUUUUGAUGUGUGCUUGGGGUUAUUGUCUUGCUCGUGUGCGUGGCCAAAGAGCUACAUUUUCAUGUCAUCUGACCAAAGCACCGGUUCCAAUCCAAGUGCCAAUGCUGUUUAGCAAACUCCAGGCAUUUACAUUUGUUACAUUUGUGGCCACACACACCAGUGGUGGGUUUGGAGUCUAAAUAAGGAUGCAUGAGCAGAAAAUAACCUCAUACCUACUGUAAAAUAUGGUGGUGGAUCUUUGAUGUUAUGGAGAUAUUUUGCUUCCAUGGUCCUGGGGCCCUUGUUAAGGUCAAUGGCAUCAUAAACUUUACCCAGUACCAGGACAUUUUAGCCCAAAACCUGGUUGCCUCUGCCAGGAGGCUGAAACUCGGCCGCAAGUGGAUCUUACAGUAAGACAAUAACCCCAAGCACACAUCAAAAUCCACAAAUAAAUUGUUAAUUGGCCACAAAAUGAACAUUUUGCAAUGGCCAUCUCAGUCUCCGGACAUGAAACAGGAGGGCAGUCCAUAAGCUCAGACAAAGGAUAUCAAGGAUCUGUAAGAAUUUUCUAUGGAACUGUCUAAGAUCCCUCCCGUAUGUUCUCCAACUCAUAAAACAUUUUUUGAAAAAAGGCUCAGUGCCGUUACCCUCGCAAGGUGAGGUAUUGAAAGGAACAGAAAACGGGUGUCAAUAAUUUUUACCCCUACCUUUUUGAGAAAAUUUUUGUUUUACUUGUUAAACAAAAACUAUUUUUCUGAGCAUUAGUAUAAAACAAUAUAAUUUCCACACUUGUUUUAUUUAGCAUACAAUAUAGCUCAGUAUUUGAAUGAUUUAUUUUAUAGUCAUUUUUGCUCAUCUUUAUCAAGGGUGUCAAUCAUUUCAGACCCCACUGUAUAUCUCCUUAUGUGACGCUAACCUUUACCUAGCUAGCUGUUUAACUAAAGAUUUGCUUGCUUCCCAUGCUUUUUGAAAAUCUAUGUUCAAAUUGCCAGCUACUGCAAAGUUAACCCUGUUUCUAUAGCUACUGUCUUGUUUCAUCGCGAUCUAUUGCCUACUGUUGGUUUUGCCUUUAUCUUAAACUUCCAACAAGUCUAAGAAUAAAGCCGUAUCUGCUAAUUACUUUGGAUUAAGAAAAACAUUCAUAGAUUCACCAGCAACCUUCUAACAGCUGAUUCAACAGUUAACAUUACUCUCAUCAAAUGUACGCAAUUCACAUAAUGGCACAUUUAGACUUUUAUUUUUGCACUUAAAAAACAACAUGCAUGGCCUUUCAUAGAAUGUGCUGUAUCUUCCACCCUAGCUCUGCUAUUUUCCAUUCCUCCAUGUAUUUUUAUCAUCAGUUUUGUGGUCUUAAAUUCAUUUUUUGCAUGGUUUUAGAAUGACUUAAUACUGCCGUAAUACAGUGAUAGUAUUACUAGAGAGUUGGUAAAUACUUUAGGACCUUGAUACGUCUGUAAUGCUGAGGGAUUUUGUAGUGUAGGGAAGGUAUACUUUGAACAGGAAAAUGUUGAACUAUGAAAGACCAAUGUGUUCUUGUGACAAAUGUGCCAAGAAAUUGAACAAAAUGGCAAAUUCGAUGCCUAAUAUCAUAAUAAACAGAGCUCCACAUUCUGUGUAUAGGUUAUCAUCAAUGCAGUGGGUAUAACAUUCUCUCUCUGCUCCCUAUUUAGUAUGUCAUUAAAACACACUAGAUGACAUGAAUUAGGCCUAGCUCUCGGUAGAGAUACAUUUCACAAGGAUGACCUCUCACAGUAGCCUAGCUAAUGCCUGUUAGCGUUACCUUUUGUCUCCAUUUCACAUUGACGUGUAUCAUGUACAAUUCUGGUCCUUUAAAGCAAUUGUAGGUCAAUCAAUGCAUUAUUACAACAUUUAUUUAGUAGUCCACACUGUAUAUUCAAAUUGAUAAUGUAUUGAUAAUGAUGAACAACUUUUGAUUAACUACUGUUGUGUUUUCUACAUAGCAAAUAACCUUAGUCCCAAUGUUGUUGCGCAGUAUUGUUGUAAUUGUAAAUCCUAUUAGAUUAAGCUAUUAACGAGUAUAGUAGACGCUUACAUACUAAUUCAGCAGUCAGUCGUAUGUUUCCUUGAAUCAGUUAAUUUUGUUUAUUGUGCAUGCCUAUUGUUUUGUAUGUGGUGGUAAACUGCAUUCCGAUUAUUUUGUUUUGUUUUCUCCUUCUCACCUAUCCACAAUGCAAUGCUGUCCCCAUGACGCACCUCUGCUUGCUGUUACCUGUAUGUUAAUACGCUUGAAUCCCAUUGGCCCACUGCCAUCAUGUGCUCGCUGCCUGCUAUUAAAAGACUCAGUCGACUGCCAAAGCAAUGAAGCGACCCCUCGAGGCAACUGUAGACCUGGUACUUUGACCUUUCACCUUUUGCUUUGCAUGUAGCUAUUAAUUGUACUGUAGCAACUCACAGAAUUUAAUUUGGCAUUUUUGUUUUUACAACCUCUUAAGACUCAUCUAGUAUGUGUACAAAAUCCUUCACCAUCAGUUAUCCUUCAGUAAUUAAAUAGGUAUUUAAAAUGUGUUAAAAUGAACAGUAUGAAGUUUUAGCCUUUCACUAAUUUGAUCAUAAAUGCCUUUAUUUUGUCAUGUAGUAGUUGUAUACAGUUUUGCUCUACUGUUUGGCAAUGAUUGUACUAUUAUUUACAUAUAAAGCUCAUAGCCAGUGGAUGUUUAUAAUAGAGCUACUGAUAAGUGUUUUGGCUGUGUUGUGUUAACAUGUUGUUUGUACUCGACAGGUGUUCCCUCAUGGCUGCCUGCAGCCCCUACCAAAGAGACAAGCACUGGAGAAGAGCAACGGGGCCAGCUCCUUCUUCAACCCCAGUAUGUUGCACUACCAGCAGGCUCUGGCCAACGCACAGCUCCAGCAGACGUCUGCGUUCUAUCCCACAGGUACAGGGCCCACUGUCCCUCUAUGACUUGUCCUUUAUAAUUCCCUCCCUGCUAAUGUUUGGUUGGGCAUUUAUCAUGUAGCCUAAAAAGUAGCAUAUUGUCAGUCAGGUGUCUUUCCUUGUUUUUUUUGCUUUCCUCGUGGUCCGAUGUAGCUAGCUAGCUAUGAUGAUUUAAUGCAACACCUUAUAAUUUGAGCUGUACAUUUUUGGAAAUGAUGCACAUUUAAUGCCACUGUCACAUACUUAAUAGCUCAAUGUCCUGGCAGGCAGAUAUAUCAGUGCUUCCAGAUUACAUCAUCCAGGUUAGUUGAAGGAGAUCUGCUUUAAUCAAAUCUAUCAAAUUCAGGCCAUUGGCCUACAUUGCUGUGAUACAGUACAUGGCUAAGUAGGACACUGUAUUAUUAUACCAUUAUAUCAUGAGCUUAGCUCUUUCUCUCAACAUGGCCUUCCUCUGACAGCCAUAAUCAACAGUAACCGCCACUAUGCACUCUGGUUAGAUGCUUUAUCUCACUGCUGAGUUAACUACUAUACUGCCUGGCUGCCUUAGCACUGAUUCCCAUGUCAGUCGAUAGGAGCUAUUUUAUUCAGCAUGCACCUCCCCCUUUGGAAAACAGUAAUCUAUCCACACCCUACACGUACACCCACACACUACACUCCCUAAGACGCAUCGUUUCUCAUGGGCUUGUUUCUGUGUAUUCUCACCAAGCAAAAAACAAACGUGGUUUCCAUUGAGGGGUUAAUGUCUUGCUUGUAUUUGUUUUAGAAUGUGUAAAAGCAUGCUGAAAACUCUAGCUAACCUGUUUUUCCUCCUUUAUUAUCCUCUACUCACUUUCCACUGCAUAAUCACACAGGGUCAGUGUUUUGCAUGUCUCCUGCUACCGGCAUUGGUAGGUCCCUUGCUUAUUUUUUCUAUCACCUGUAAUGAAUGGAGAAUAUGGGUGGAAUGCUCUCGCUGUUAAUUUAAAGGACAUUCUUGUUAUUCCAAUGUGCGCUUGGAUAAACAGUCUCUGGGUCAGGAGAUAAGGUUGUUUAUAUAUGUUAGGUACCAGCACAUUUUAAAUCACAUGUGAGAAAGUGUAUUUUAUAAUACGUUUCGGCAUUUUUUUCUGUUAGCCAUGUCCCUGACAAAGCUCAAGCCUUCAAUUUAUACUCUUCACCAUCACUCAUUGGCCUAAUUUUGAUUUAAUUUAGUUUUUGAAUGUCCUUUGUUCUCUGCAGUGAUAAUUUUACCGUUGUAAAUAAUACAAAUAUUCAAAAAUUCAAGACAUCAGUUACAAUCACUGCUGGUUGAUUUUUAUAGUUCUUCGCUGCUCUGUGGACUAGGACAUUUGAUCAGUUUCCCAGAGAUGUUAUCUAAAGUGUCUUGGUCUUUCCUAAAAGAUCAAAUAUAUCAAAUUACGUUUCCUCUAUUUGUAUAAAAUAGGGAACUUAUUUCUAACACAGCAGUGAAAAUACCAUUCUAAUGAUCAGAUACUGUAUGCUAUGUAAAACAUGCUUUUUGAAUGUCAUAAUUGGACACGUUUAGUAUCAUGUGACAAUCUUCUCUGGGAAUCAGACAAAUAACUGACAAAUUAAAUCAGCUUUCCUCUAUUAUUUAUCCAAUGCUUUCUUGCUUUGCACUGUGAUUGCAUGCCAUCUGCUGGUCUAACCUAAUGAUGGCUUGCUGCUAAUGUUUUACUGUAUUCACCAUGCAAAAAAUAUAGAAAAAAGAAACGUUGCUAUGGUUACCAUAAUGCUCCACCUACCUGUUCAUUGCUUCCAUGGUUCCCUUCCUGAAAAAGUACCCAUGAUGUACAGUGCUACGCCUGCUACUGUCUCUGCAGCAACUACUCCUGCCACAAGUGUCCCCUACGCAGCAACAGCACCAGCCAAUCAGGUUUGCUCCUUUUAAAGCUUUCUUUCAUGAAUCCCUGAGCUCUAAAUAAGUGCUCGUCAUGGCAGCAGGAGACCGUUGUCAUCAAAGCAUAUUUCUCUCCUGCCUGUUGCCUUGUUUGUUAUUAGCAAGCUUGACUAUCAUUAUUGUAGAUGCUGUAUUACAUGUAGUAAUGACAUAAAGCACUUAUUUAGAGAUCUCCCAUCUGCAAAUAGUAGUUGUGUUGUGUUGCAUAAUUUCCUUAAUUGUUUUUCGCAUGUUUUUGCUUUAUUUAGUGUCAAGUGCCCCUUAUUUAAUUCACGCGUUACUAUAAUUCUGUCAAGCGAGGGAAAAAAGAAAACAAAAUAUAUUGGUUGAAGCAGCCUAAAUUAGCACCUCAGACUAAAGAGAUCAAUUGAAUGAAUGAAAGACCAAUGAAGCUCAGACAUGGCUGUUAUUAUCAAAGGAAGGACAUACUGUAUGUCUUCAUGGAUGUGUGAGUUUGUGACAACGCUGUGCCUGCCCUCUGUUGCCCAUUUUAGACUCUUCCACCUGGGGGGCAGGUCAGGUGAUGUGCUUCUUUCUUUCCAGCAGGAGAGGAGGGGGCUGGGGUUUGUGUCGAGAGAACACAAAAACAUACUUGCCAACCACCAGCCUCCUCCUGCAGCUUAUUCUGCUUGAUUUGUUUGUCUUUUAUUUCUCCCAGGUAUUAACAUGUAAUACAUAGUGUACUAUUUCAGUUUGUUUUUGUCGUUGAGACUUGCAACAUUUUAGUUUUAGCAAUAACUUUGGUAUGUAGACUACUGCCUCAGCUCUGAAUCUUAUCUGAAAGGUUCCUAACAUCAACCGAAUUUUGUUUGUUUUACAUGUGGGAUUCAAAUGUAUUUUUACUCAUGGGUUUCUUUGUUUCUUCAGCAUUAUAUGAUUAUACUGGUCACAGUUUUGCUACUGUUCUACUUCUGCAAAUAAGAACCCUUUUUCUUUAAUCAUAUACCGCCAUAACUCUUCUACAACACUAUAUCAGUAUUGUGUUUGCCACCAAAGAAUGUACUGGAACUGUAACCUGGACCUAAGGGCAAUCGGUCAUGUUCAUUGUGAAUGCCACCAUUGAGUAACAUGAUGUCUCUCUCAAUCUCUGCUUCUAAAACAGAUAAUCCUCAAGUAACCAACAAGGAAGGAACAGAGUGUCAAGACGCUCCUCUUAGAGGCCCUAAACAGCCCUUCUGUAAAUACUACUUUUGCUCCACACGAGAACUACAGCAACCUGCAUGCUGA